AUGGCUAAGGUAGAGUCACCAAUGAUAGAUAUCUUGGCUGACGACGCUUCUACCGGUGAAGGCAUUGAUAUGUUGAUUGGAAAUGAUUUAUACUUUUCAUUUAUCAGAAAGAGUGUUGAUUUGGGAAAUAAUACCUUUCUUGUGGAUUCUGAUUUUGGUUGGUUCCUCGCAGGAAGUGCUACUAACAGCAGGGAAGGGGAGACUCUAUCAGUGGCUACAUAUUGCCAGUGCCAUGAAAUCAAUCAAGACUUUUUUACAGAACCAGAUCUUCCUCUGCGUACCAUAGAUGUCAAAUUUUUAUGGUCACUUGAGAGCAUCGGGAUAUGUGAUUCUCCAAAAACUACAUGUGAGGAAGAAGCCGUCCAGCACUUUAACAAGACUGUCAAAUACAGUGAAGGAAGGUAUCAGGUCAAGUGGCCGUGGAUAGAGUAUCCACCAAAAUUGCCUACUAACUUUGGACUUGCCUUUGGAAGAUUAAAGGGUGUAAUACGAAGAUCAAAUAAAGAAGUCAUGACAGAGUAUGAGAAAAUCUUAAACGAACAACUUCAAGCUAACAUAAUAGAAAUUGUGGAUCCUACCAUUCCUGCUGACCAUCCAGUUCACUAUCUACCUUUUCAUAUGGUUCAACAGAAGGGAAAAAGGGGUCGGCUGGUCUACGAUGCUUCAGCUAAGCUGAAAAACGAGAAAAGCUUGAAUGAGUGCUUAUACAGAGGUCCGAAUAUGCUGGAAGACCUUACAGGUUUAAUACUGAAAUUUAGAAUUGGGAAAAUUGCUAUCACUGCUGAUGUUGAAAAGGCUUUUCUUCAGGUUGGUUUACAAGAAGAGGACAGGGAUGUGACCAGGUUUCUCUGGGUCAAAGAUUUAGAAAAGGAACUAUCUGAAGACAAUAUCAUGCAAUAUAGGUUCUGCAGAGUGCCCUUUGGAGUAAUAUCGAGCCCUUUUCUCUUAGCGGCAACAAUUCGAUAUCACAUUUCAAAGACUAACAAAAGUCUUCUUCCUGUGAUAGCAGAUAAAUGUUAUGUAGACAAUUUAGUGACGUCCGUUCAAUCAAGAGAAGAGGCUCUCAAUUUGUAUGCUCAAACUACAAACUCAUUUAAAGAAUUAGGAAUGAACAUACGAGACUGGAUGUCUAACGACAAAGAUUUUGUAGACAAGAUUCCCAAGCUAAAGAGAGCAAAACAGGAAAGUGAAAUGAAGAUCCUCGGUUUGAUAUGGAAUUUGGAAAAUGACACUUUACGGCUCAAACUGAAUAACGAAACUUUUGAGAGUGAGAUCACAGACAGAGGUAUUACAAAGAAAGGAGUCCUGAGAGUGCUAGCACGUCUGUAUGAUCCAUGCGGGUUUGUAUCACCACUCAUGCUACCAGGAAAACUCUUGUUUCAGGAGAUCUGCACUAGGAAGUUAAAAUGGGAUGAGAUUCUGCCUGAAGACUUGUUGACAUCAUGGAGGAACAUAAUUGAGAAUUUAAAAGUGGUUAAGAAUGUAGAAUUGCCAAGACAUGUUGCAAGUGGAUCAAAGUCGGAAUGUACGAAGUAUGAACUACAUUGCUUCACUGACGCAUCUAUGGAUGCAUAUGCAGCAGUCGUUUAUCUGCGCGUCAUAACUGGAAAGCAAGUAUCAACUUCGUUUCUCAUGUCCAAAUCCAGAAUAACUCCAGCAGAAGACAAGAGUGAUCUCAAAAUUCCUAGACUUGAAUUGCUAGGGUAUCUCAUAGGAAGUAGACUUCUGAGAUAUGUUAAAAGCCACAUAGACCUAAAUAUAUGCAAGAUAUAUUUGUGGACGGAUAGUCAAGUUGUUAUUGCUUGGAUCAAAUCAAGUAGGCUACUUCCACCAUUUGUAUUGAGAAGAGUCAAUGAGAUCAAGCAAAUUAAGGACAUCUUGGGUGCAGAGCUGCGCUAUGUCAACUCAAAAGAAAACCCUGCAGACGUAGCUACCAGGCCAGAAUUGUGGCAUCAUAGACAGGAUCUAUGGCUCCAUGGUCCAGAUUUUCUUCUACAAGACCAAAAUGAUUGGCCUAAGGAGCAGAGGUAUGAAGAAAUGUGCUUGGCUGGGAGGGCUCUGGACACGGUGGAUGGUCCAGAGAUGACAAUGAAAGGCUAUGAAGACCAAGAUAAUGAUCCUAACUUUUCUGAAAUGGAGGAUAAUCCUGCAGCCACUGCACUUCAUGAUUCUGUGCAAAACCCAUCUGAUGAAGAAAAGUGUGAAGAGACAGUGACUGAGAUAAAGAAGUUACAAGGUAAAUUCUUUUCAGAAGAAGUCUCAGGAAAGGUGACCAGUUUGUCACGAAACUUGGGUCUCUUUGUAGACGAAGAUGGGAUCUUAAGAUGUAAAGGAAGAUUCGCGAAUGCUAAUUUAUCAUAUGAUAAGAGAUAUCCCAUUCUGAUUCCGAAGAAAUCACCCUUCACAACCCAGAUUAUACUAAAAACGCAUAGAGACAACUACCAUGUUGGGGUCCCACACACGCUAAGUAUAUUACGCGAAAAGUAUUGGAUCCCUCACGGGCGAGCUCAAGUACAGAAAGCUUUGAAGAGAUGUUUGCAGUGUGAGAAGUAUUCUGGAGGUCCUUACAAACUGCCACCACCACCUGCACUCCCCAGUGAAAGGGUUAAUUAUAGUUCUCCAUUUACCUUUACUGGAUUAGACUACCUGGGUCCGGUAUUAGUGGAAACAAAUACAGGCAGAGAAAAACGAUGGAUUUGUCUUAUGACAUGUCUAGCAGUUCGUGCUGUACAUUUGGAGUUAGUCAAGGCUUUGACGGCUGAGGAGUGCUUGCUAGCGAUACGGCGGUUCGUGGCGGCUAGAGGACCACCUAAAGUAUUGAUAUCGGACAAUGCACUACAGUUCAAGCUGACAAGUGAAGUACUAAUCCAUUCAUACUGCCAGGAGAAACAUAUCAAGUGGAAAUUCAUCACGCAGCUUGCACCCUGGCAAGGCGGCUUUUACGAAAGAUUAGUUGCACUGGUAAAGCACUGCUUGAAGCGCACACUUGACAAGCAUUUAUUAACAGACGGUCAAAUGCAUACAGUAGUGAAGGAGAUUGAGGCCGUAUUGAACACAAGACCUUUGACUGUAGUGGGUUCCGACCCAGAGGGAGUACUGCGACCAGCUGAUUUUCUAUCUCUAGGUCAGUGUCUAGAAAUAAACCCAGAUUUUGGUGAGGGAACUUCACAGGGCACCAAUACCAAAGUCGACUUGGUUGAAGGCUGGAAAAGAGGUCAGAGGAUUCUUAACGAAUAUAAAGAGAUGUUCACCAAUCAAUAUCUACCAAGUCUGCGGGACAGAUUCAGUCACUCUCAUAAACAACCGCGAGUGAUAUCAAAGAAGUCUCCAGAAGUCGGUGACAUUGUACAGAUUAAAAAUGAUUCCAAAAAUAGAAUCAAUUGGAAGGUUGGCAAAAUCGUAAGUUUAAUCCGAAGCCGUGAUGGUGAAUGCCGAGCAGCCAAAGUGGUAGUUGGGAAUACAGAGUUUACGAGAUCCAUAGCCCAUCUGUAUCCGUUAGAGUCUGAUAUGUACGGCCCAACGGAUUAUGCACUACCACCAUCACAAGACAAUGAGAUGGCAGAGACAUCAACUGUACCUAUGGAGAUGGUUAAAACUAUGGAACCUAUAAGGGCAUCAGAAACGAUAGUGUCACCCAAGCCUGAGACAGAAAUUGAUGAGUCAACAAUUCCUACUGAACCGGCAACCGAGAAAGAAAUUUCUGUGUUAGAUUCUGAUGGUAGUCCUACGCAUACUGAGCAAGCUCCCGCUGUUGAUACAUACGAGGCAGAAGUGAGAGAGCCAAGUGUUACGGAAGAACGGCCAGAGGAAGUGACAAGAGUAAGACGGAACGCUGCCAUUUGGGCUAGAGAACGAAUAGCCGAAUGGACGCGUCAGCUGAUGACGCUACUUGUAUAA